AUGUCACUGCCUUUCUCUUUUUAUGUCAAAGGAAAUGUAUGUGUUGAUACUGGAGUACAGUACAUCCAUGGGGCGUCAGAAAAAAACCCAGUCUUAAAAAAGUCUGACCAUCUCAACCUGAUCCCUGAGACGGGCAAAGAAACAUUUUACAGUAACAAAGGAUAUAAAGUAGAUGCAAACUCCACCAGAUGUGCAUAUGAAGCUGGAGAGGAAAUUAUUCAAUACCGUGGUUCCAACACAGAAAGAAACCAAGGGUGUGACUGACAGCUCAGCUUGCAAGAUGAUGAUGAGAAACCAAGAAUGCAGCAUGUUUUUGCUUUGGUCAGAAAUGACAUGCUGAUUGAUGUUGGAGCUUCAGACCUCCAUAGGAUCUCUCUUGACUCCUGGCAGUAUUAUAUCAACAUGGGUGAUAGUUUCAAUGUUGCAGGGUAUAUGUUUCUGCUUGUGGAUAUGCUGCUGGAGGACUUCCAAGAUUGUUUGCUGUUGAAAAGAGAAGUUAGUAAGAUCAAAUGGGAUGGAUCCUUUUCUGUUUCCCCUCCUCAUAAUGAACCUCUCCCUGCUCACACUGAAUCUGCUUCUCAAGAAAAAGCCUGCUAGUACCCAGUUUGCGUUAUCUGUGAGAAUGGAGAAGACAUGCCAGCUGAUCAUGUAAUUGUGACCAUUUCAUUAGGGUGUCUAAAAGCACAAGCAUCAAGCCUAUUCAUCCCCUGUAUCCCAACCGAGAAAAUGGAGGUCAUCGAUAAGCUGUGCUUUGGCAAUAUUGCCAAGAUCUUUCUGGAGUACGAAGAGGCAUUAUGGGAAAUAUGCCACAUUUAUGAGGAUGACACACCUACCUCAGUAUCCACCAAUGAAAUGCAGUGA